GUACUGAUGGUUAUGGUGAACCAUGUCAUUCUGGUAUGUAUAGACAUUUGUGGUCAAAUGGUCCAAAAGAAUGCCUGGAAUUUCCAGAUUACACAUUCGAAAAACAUUUUGGGAAAGCCAUUCCCUCAUUUCCACCAAGACCUGUUCUCAGGGAUUAUCUAGAGGGCCGCUGGACCAACAAUGUAAAUCUGAAACCAUACAUCAGAUUCAGUACAGUAGUGAGGCAUGUUGAGUAUAACGAAAGAGACAAAAAGUUCACUGUUGAUAUCACAAACCUCGAAACAGACACUUCAUUAAAAGAAUCAUUUGAUUACGUCAUCGUUGCCACUGGAAUUUUCAAUGUUCCUAAUAUCCCAGAUUUCCCUGGACUAGAUACGUUCGAAGGGAGGAUACUUCAUUCGCAUGAUUUUCGUGACCACAUUUUUAAAGAUGGCUCGAGCGCGGAAAUAGACGCUGUGUUACUCUGCACAGGGUACAAGUACUCGUUUCCAUUUAUGGAAGACAACCUUCGUCUGAGGUCGACAUUGACCAUGUUUCCGGACAAUACGUAUAAGGGGUUGCUUUAUUUCAUGGGUGAGGACAGCAGACUAUUCUACAUGGGACUACAAGACCAGUACUACUCAUACACUAUGUUUGAUGUUGAAGCUCAAUGGAUUUGCAAAUACAUUCUCGGUAAACUUCCCAAUGAACCUAAAUCACUCAGUGAGAUGAAAGAAAACUCAAAGGAAUGGUAUGAGAAGCGUUCCAAAUUGAAAAACGCGCAUGAUGACAUAGAUUUCCAGACAGCGUAUAUUGCGGACUUAUGCAAGGAUACAGGUUACAACCCGGAUGUUACAAAGGCUGGAGAAAUGUUCCAUACCUGGGAGAAUGAUAAAGACAAAAAUAUCGCCACCUACAGAGAUCAAUGUUUUACUUCUACUUUCACGGGCACCAAAUCACCCGCGCAUACCGCUCCAUGGUGGCAGGCAAAGGAUGACAGUAUCAAAGCUUUUGUAAAUAAAAAAUAAUGGAAUAAAAUAACAGUCUGGUUUAUCAUUAGAAAUAUUUUAUGUAGGAAACAUAUAGGAAAUAUUUAACCGGAGUUUUUUAUUUCUGUAAAAAUCAGUCUUAAAGACAAGUGUUAAGGAAUUAUUUUACUUCCAAAAUUCAUUUUAAUGAAUGAAUGGUGCCGUAUAGUAAAGUUGGCCAUUUUUGACUCGGGCAACAACCGCACAUAUAUUCGAGCGUGAUGUCAAAUACGUUAAGCGAGCUAAGCGUGAACUUGACGUCAAACGCGUUAAGCUAAGAGUGAACGUGACAACAUAUACGUUAAGCAUCCAGUGAUCCCUAUGUCAUAUGCGUUAAUCGAGGUAGUAUCGUAUAAAGGCUUGAGAAUAGCAUACACGUGAUUCUUUUUUACUGAAAAUUGUUGUUUCGUAUAUUGUUAUGAAAUAUAAUUAUAGUACAUUAUAUUUGAAACAUUGUGCUCGCCAGUGGCUCGUAUAUACAUGUAAUUUUAUUCAACUUGUUACAGUAUGGAACCUACAUUCAUUCAAUAGUCUCUUUAUAACGAUUUUUGGUACUUUUCUGCUGUUUAAUUAACUUUUCAAUCCACAGUGAUAUGUUUGUGUACAAACAACGAAUGUUGAACAGAAACAGUGAUUUUUUGUAUCUAACAGAGACAAAAAAAUUAUCCUACAGUUU